AUGAGCCUGAACAGAGUAAAAGAAAUUAUUUUUCUUGGGACAGGAACCUCAUCCGGCGUACCUACCAUCAAUUGUUUGACAGCUCCUGAACAAACCUGUAAGACAUGUAUAUCAACUCUUAGCGAAAGAGGACAGGUGAACGUUCGUAGAAAUACGAGUCUAUUAGUCCGUGUAGAUAAUCCUGAUGGACGAUUGAGAAACAUCGUCAUAGAUUGUGGGAAAACAUUUUAUGUAUCAACUCUAAAAUGGUUUCCUCAUCAUAAGUUACGUCAUAUCGACGCGUUAGUACUGACACACCCUCACGCUGACGCGAUCAAUGGGUUGGAUGACUUACGUGCAUGGACACUUAAUAAAGCAAUUCAAGAAUACAUUCCAAUUUAUUUGAGUAGCGAUACUAAGACGACGCUCGAGCAAACGUUUCCCUAUAUUGUGGAUCAGUCUAUGGCAACUGGUGGUGGUGAUCUUCCCUCGUUUCAAUUUAAUACAAUAGAUUCGCGUACCCCUUUUAUUGUUGAAGGACUAGAAUUUAUACCAUUGCCAGUACAUCACGGAAUUAAUUUCGCGAACAAAGAACCCUUCAUCAAUCUUGGAUUUCGUUUUGAUAAUGUAACAUAUAUCUCUGAUUGUAAUUUUAUACCUGAACAAACAAGAGAAAAAAUAAAGGGAAGUGAACUUGUCAUCUUGGACGCGUUAAAUCGUAAAAAGCAUAAUUCUCAUUUCUCAAUAGACCAAGCUGUGGAAACCACGCGAGAUUUUUGUCCAAAACCCAAACGAACCUAUCUUGUAGGAUUUUCACACGAUAUUGAACAUUACGAUUUGGAAAGGGAAAUGGAAAAUUUGCAAGAAAAAGAACCCGAUCUUUGGGUUAGACCAGCAUACGAUGGACUAAAAAUUGAUAUCGAUCAACUAAAUUAA